GAUAAGGUCUCAGCCGUUUAGAAAUCAAUAACAGUGUCAUGUGCCUUUAAGACGCCAGUCAGGGUGGACCCAACGUCGGCGUUAGACGCUCAGGAAGUGGAUUAAACCACCAAAGAUUCCCGCAGAUUCGAUACCGAUUGUCCCAAUGUUAGAUACGUGUUCGUGCUAACCUGAACGUUUGGCCGAGCACGUUUAUGGGCUAUUUAGGACGAUAAUGCUGGAUGGUUGCGCUCAUGAAAAUCACCAGGGAUAUAUGCAGGCUGUUGGGACUCGGGAGCGGUCCUGUGGUCCAGGAGGAGCAGAUGGACUGUGGUGCUACAAACCCUGACCCAAGUGCCACCAUUGCGCAGGAUGCAUUAAAUGGAGAGGAGGAGUUGAGUGAUGAGGAGAAAGCAAGACGGAAGGCAGAGCGACGCAAAGCCAAGAGGAAGCGCCGUCGAAAACGUAAGAAGCAGGAGCAAAAUAAGCAAAAUCACAAUGCUGAACAGGAUGACGAAGAGGAUGGAGGUGCAGAAUCUGAACUAGACGAGAGCGAUUCCGAAGCAGAAGUUGGGGGUGAAGACGAGAAACAAAGGGCGCAGAAAGAAGAGGAGGGGAAAUCGGAGGCCUGCUCUAAAGAUCUUGCUACUCCUGCUAUUGCUCCUUCAGGAUAUCAGGAGACCCAAGCCAGAUCUGCUGAGGAGGAGCCAGAGUGGGAUGUCAGCAGUGCCUUCUUUGCAAAUGCUGCUAGCCAUAUCAAACCCAAAGGAUCAAGUCGAAAGUCCAAAGAAAACAAGGAGAAUGAAGCCAGGAGAGAGACAAAUGGAACUGACACCAUGACCAAGAAAAGUGCAUCACUGACAGAAAAAGGGAUAAAGCUGGUGCAAGAGGGGCAGUAUGCACAAGCAGCCAGUAUGUUUACAGAAGCCAUAAAAUGUGAUCCCAAAGAUUACAGAUUCUUUGGGAAUCGCUCUUAUUGCUAUUACUGCUUGGAGCAGUAUCCUCAGGCCCUGGCAGAUGCUGAACGCUCCAUUCAGCUGGCCCCAGACUGGCCCAAAGGAUACUUCCGCAAGGGCAGUGCCCUCAUGGGCAUGAAGCGGUACAGUGAGGCAGAAAAGGCUAUGGAGCAGGUGCUGAAGCUGGACAAAGACUGCGAGGAGGCUGUCAAUAAUCUAUUUAACUGCAAAGUGCUGCAGUUAAUGGAACUGGGCUUUGAAGAAGUGCAGAGUGUCUUGCUGUUAGAUAGAUUUUCAACAGUGCAGGGUGUUCUGGCAUAUUAUUCUGAAGCAGCCAAAACAGCAGCUGGGAGCACAGAUUCAUCUGUUGUGCAACCAGGAACUCCCUGUCAAUCCCUCUGGGUGGGAAAUGUGACAACUGAAUUAACUGAGAAACACUUAAGGGACCUUUUUAAAAUGUAUGGUGAAAUUGAGAGUAUCCGUGUGCUGCAUGAGAGAUUCUGUGCCUUCGUUAACUUCAGGGAUGCAAGCAUGGCUGCUCGUGCCAUGGAGAAACUAAAUGGUCACUGUAUUGAAAACACUCGUUUAGUGGUGCGCUAUCCUGACCGCCGCACUCAGAGGUCCCUUCCUAUUCCACUCAAGACUUGCCUCCCUGUCACACAGCAGGGAGGCACAGCUGCUGGACCCCGAAGACGCGGCCCGGUUAACGGAGAUGAGUGUUACUUCUGGAGAACCACUGGCUGCCAUUUUGGGGAGAAAUGUCGCUACAAACACAUUCCUGAUCAGAAGGGCAAGGACAGGAAACCUUGGCAGCCUUGAACACAGUUUACUCUCUGCCUCAUUACUGAAAAAAGAAACCGGGAUACGCCGACUGUGCCAAUGGGACUGGUUCUUGCCGCACAAGGUUCUCUGGGCUAAAAAUAUUUACUGUGGCAGACUGGAUAAGAAUGGCUAAAGGUUCAGAGCCAGCAUUCAGGUUCUACUGGAGGGGGGGUAGUCACAUGUACCACAAAGGAUUUGGACCAUGAAGGUUUAUAUUCUAACGAAAGCCCAGAGUGGAUAAUUUUUUUUUUUUUUUUUU